UUUGCCGCUCAAACACAACCAUUUUUAAACCCUGAAAUUAUUGAGGCAGCUGUCUUUUAAAGUAUUUAAAUUUAUCACCUUUCGUCAACUGAGCAUGAAAGUCAGAUAUGCAAAUUAAGUCGUGGUCUGUUAUAGCCAUAAAAUUUUUACUGAGGUUCAGGCAGUUGGAUGGAAACGUCCGUUAUAAUGUCGCUCUUCUGUAGCUCUUCUUCGCCUUAGAGACGCCGACAGAAACAUGGUUUUCGCGCGAAUACGUAGAAGURUCAAGACAUUUAUUCGGAAAUUUGGCCUAUUGGCUGGAAUAGCAYUCCUGUUGAUUGCACUAGUAAUGGUAUUUGGUAAUGCAUUUACAGUUAUGACAAAUAGACGACUUAGGAGACCAAGGACCAUCUUAACGGCUGAUCAAAUAUCAUUUACAACAAGAAAUGACGAGCCGAAGUUUCCCGAAAUUGUUGACGACCGGAAGUUCGUCAUCGAGAAUUUAGAGACAAAUUCACAGGCGAAAAGAGUCAAAGUUAUAAGCAUUGAAAAUGAGGAAGGACGUCUAAAGAUGAAAAAAACUCAAAAAGUACAGUUCCAAGAAAUGGGAAAAGUUAACGUUCACGUGUGGGACAGCUUGUGUUCGUUCACCAUUAAUACUGUGAGACAAUUUCCUCUUUUUCCACUUCGACCGAAAGCAAAARCCAAGCUCCAUGUUACAGAUGAACUCAAGUCCAAAUUAGAUGGUUCCUGGUUAGCGCAAAGGGUUAUGGGAUAUCUCCAUCCACCUGUGUCUGGAAGUUAUCAAUUUGAGUUAAGCUCGUUCUUCAUGGCUGAGUUGUGGUUAAGUAUGGACGAAGAUCCCGCGCGAUCGGAGUUAAUAUCMAAAAUAACUCGUAAUAAAUUGUAUAACGUGUUCUUCUCCAUCGGUGAAAACAGCCCUAAGUCGGCCCCAAUCAAACUCAAUAAUGGUACUUCYUACUACUUCGAGAUUAUCCACGUGAUCAAUGACGUCAAGACUAAAGAAGAUCACGUAAGACUAUCGUGGAAGAUGCCUGAUUUUAAUGAUUUCACGAGUAUUAAUAACGAACACGUCUCGGCGUAUCUUGUGGACGAAGAUCGUAUGUCUAGAAAUGAAUCUCAGUUUAAAAUCAAACGUUCAAGAAGUAUUUCUAUCAUUAAAGAAGAUGAUAUGUCGAAUGAGACCCAACAUGGUUUUACCAUGGAAGUCUUUAAAAGUAUUAUAUCACAAACUGUUAAUACAUCGUCUUAUCACCGGGAUAAUGUACAACAUCUUCCUUAUUGGGAUCGAAAUGACGUCAAACUGGCGAUAUACGAAGCCCCUUAUGAACCAAGCUACACGCGCAAACGUGUUUUUAAACGUUACGAGGGAGUUUAUAAUACUCAUUUUACGGACGUGUUUCCAAAUGACGGGACUUCGCUGCGAAAAGAGGGAUAUAAAGACCCAACGGAGCGAGAUGGAAAUCCUCUGAUUGAUGAGAAAGAGGUCUUUGAAGUUCUUAAGACAUUUCUGACUYUGUUGGACAGGAGAUUUCCAAAGAAGUACCUGCUAGAGGGUAUUAUCAACGUUGAACGCAACGUUGAUAGCGAGAAAGGAGCACGCUAUUUCCUAGAAUUAGUUCUYCGUAAUACCAAGGAAAAUAWAGUGUACMGGAUUGCAGAAUACAUGUAURAAUUCAAAACGCAACCAAAUAAACUUUUCCGCCCAAAAGGAAUGGAAUGGAAUCCUGAUGUCACUAUCAACGUCAUCUUGACCGUGAAGAAACAAGGGAAUUGGGGAAUAAACUUUAUUGAGGAGAUGUCACGUGUUCAAAAGAAAAAUGAUGAUAAGAAUUUGAAUUUUAUUAUUGUGGACUAUGGGGGUGAUAAUGUGGACAUGGAGGAAGAGAUUAAAGAAAGUAGUCUUCAAAAGUUUACCGUCAUUCAUCGGAAGGGUGCAUUCCACAAAACAUCUUCUAUCAACGAAGCAGUCAGUAAAAUCACUGACYCAAAUAGCAUCGUGUUUUUGAUGGAUCUUCAUCUCGGAAUACCCGAUAACAUCUUCGAUAGCAUCAGAAAGCAUACCAUUCAAGGUCUCAUGUCAUUUACUCCUGUUGUUUUUCGUCUUCAAUUCUGYGGUCGUCCUGGAACAUGGAAUACCUAUGGAAGUGGUUGGUGGGAAACUAGUGGAUAUGGUUUAUACAGUAAGGACUGA